AUGUUAAUUUUUGCGACAUUUCUUCUCAAGCUGGCUCUAAUCUCCAUGGCUUGCCAUCCAAGCCCGUCUUCACAUUCGAAUUCAAGUAGAAGAGCAAGAGUCCACGGUGUUCGUCAUUCUGAUAGUUUUUCACCAAGAGAAAAAGAACAGCACUCGAAAGACUUUGAAAUCGCAUCCAUAUCGGCAUCGGAAAAACUUUUCAGUAAGAAACAGAAAACCACAACAGCAACAAUUCCAAAGAUCGAAGGGACGACCACGGAAACUUCACCUGCACCACCUAAAUGUCAACAAUGUGCAAAUCCUCCACGUUCCGACGUGAGUCUGUGCAAGCAGAAGAAAUGUGUUCCGGUUGGAGCUGUGCGAAGGAUUGUGGACGAGUGCUCAGUGGAAGAGUUGAAUUGUCCGGAUGACACUCAAUUUUUUGGCUUUGAAGAUGUAGCUGGCGAAUUGAAGGAGUACGAUGUGAGCGAGAUUGGAAUUGCACGGUGUCGAGACGGAGUCUGGCAUGCGCAAAUAAUGUCAGAACUUCUUCCCAUCAAAAAUAUUGUCUGUUUUGUUUAA